CUUUCCCCAAUUCUAGUAACCUUAUUCAGUUCAAAAAUCCGGUUAACAAGGUUUCUUUGGGAUCCUCAUAGCAGCCGAGAGGUGCUCUGGCAUUUAGGUUUCUGCCUGCGCGGCUGCUUCGGUGUAAACAAAAAUCACAACGACAGAAAAACCGACUCGGAAGUGGCAUACCAUUAACACUGGCACAAUUCAACAGUCACAAGGUAGUGUGUACAUACUGGAUCGAUGCUUGACCGCUCAGGUGUAUGAUUUAGUUAUGGUACCCAUUCACAUACAUUUCGCCUGCAGUUCUGGAACUGUACAACCUGAACUGAAGAUUCAAACUUUCUCAGACCAUACACUAUUCAGUUAUUUGAAACGACGCGGCCUGCAGUUUUGAGACUGACAAGUUCUGAACUGCAGGAAAACUGUGCCUUCUCCACUCACACAAACAUUUUGUCAGUUCUGAUCGGCCGAGAGAACAACAAUGGUGUUAAUUAAGAUGUUAAGAAAAAAAAACUCGUAGCACUUCUUGUACUAUUAUUAUUACAAGAGCCAAUAACAAAAAAACGUUUUUGGGUAAAAGAUUGGUUGUUGCAAAGUGAUACAUUAUCUCAUAUGACAUUAGUGCGAAAAUUGAGAACCAGUGCCACAAAUAACCUUAAUAACUAUCUCAGAAUGGAUGAUAUGUGCUUUAAUGAACUUUUAUCGAUGGUGAAGCCAUUCAUAUCAAAGAAAAAUACAAAGAUGAGGAAAUCAAUCACAGCCGAGGAACGAUUGAUAGUUACCCUUCGAUAUUUGGCCACAGGACGAAGUUUGGAGGAUUUAAAAUUUUCUGCAGUUAUUUCACCUCAAGCUCUUAGAAGAAUAAUACCAGACACUUGUCAAUGCAUUUAUAAGGCCUUAAAGAAAAAAUAUUUGAAGUUUCCUGAAACAGUUGAAGAAUGGCAGAAAAUUGCACGAGAUUAUAACAGUCGAUGGAAUUUUCCUAAUUGUGGAGGCGCCAUCGAUGGUAAACAUAUCAAAAUAGUCAAGCCCGUCAACAGUGGAUCGUACUACUUUAAUUAUAAAGAAUAUUUCAGUACUGUGUUAAUGGCUAUCGUGGAUGCGAAUUACGAAUUUAUUUAUGUAAAUGUUGGAUGCAAUGGGAGAAUAUCGGAUGGAGGGGUCAUUGAAACCACAAAAUUCUAUGACAAGUUGUUGGAAAAAGCACUUAAAUUGCCCUCCAAUGAGACAACUAUUAACAAAAUGAAUUUUGUUUUUGUAGCAGAUGAUGCUUUUGCCUUAAACGAAAAUAUUUUGAAACCAUUUCCAGAUAGAAACCUAAGUAAAGAACAAAUAAUAUUCAAUUAUCGCCUUAGUCGAGCUCGUCGCACAGUAGAAAAUGCUUUUGGAAUUCUAUCCAAUAGAUUCAGAGUGUUCCAUACAGCAAUCCCUAUGAAGCCAGAAAAAGUUGACAAAAUCGUAUUAGCGGCAGUGGUGUUGCACAACUUUCUGAGAGGACAUACAAACAACUACAUUCCUAAAAAUUACGUUGAUUUCGAAGUCUUAGAUACUGGUGACGUAGUAAAAGGCUAUUGGCGCAAUGGAAUGAUGCUCGAUGGUUUGCAGCCCAUUCUAAAUCGACAUUCAUCCCACGAAGCUAAAGAAAACCGAGAGAUGUAUUAAAAUUAUUUUUCAGGUUUCGGAACAGUUCCCUGUCAAGAAAAAUUCUCAUAAAAUUAAUUGUAUGUAAAAAUAAACUGAUAUGUUGCUCGUGCA